UUUUUUUUAACUACGCAUUUAAUCUGGAGGAAAGUGAACGUAGACCAGUUCUUGAAGCAAGUUUUACGCAAAUAUUGUCAAUCUAAUUAAACUAGGAAUUAAUUGUAUUGGAUUCAAGGAUUAAUUCUAGUGUUUACUUUUAACACUGUUUUCCAGUAAAACAAUUUAUUAACUAUGUCCAGAUAAAAGACUUCGUUGAAAUCUUUCUUUUCAAGGAUUAUAAUAAGAAAAUAUGUUUCUGAAUUUCCGCUAACGAUAUCAUUGUUUAUCAGAAGGAAACAAUCCUUGAGGAAAUUUUUUCAACAUACUUUUACAUUAUAAUUAUAAUAACCAAAUAAAAUUGGUUUUUGUGGCAAAGCAAUCGUAUUAUUUAGGAAUUCCGUACAUUUCUGAUGCAAUUUCUUAAGAAAGUUACUUUGUUUAAUAAAAGCCAGACUUAAUUAUGCUUUAUGCUAAUUAUGUGGUGGUUUUUUCAUCCUCUGAAGGUUCACAUUAAAUACAAGUGCAUGAAAGAUUUGCAGUCAGUUGGCAAAAAUUUACUGUAGUGUUUUUGUUAUUAAACUUUGUCGAUUUAUGAUGGGAAAACAGAUAAUUGACCCAAAAUUAAUGCCAGGUGGUAACUACAUAAAAAUAGGAAGAGAUUCCGCGAGAAGCACUUGUUUAAUUUUCGCACCACCUGCGGAAUCCGUUGGAGUCUUAGCUAAAUAUUUAUCAAUUUUUGAAAAGUUUGGGGUGAAUCUCCUACACAUUGAAUCAAGACCAUCCACCAAAGACCCAGGAAAUUAUGAAUUUAUGGUUGAGUGUGCUCCUACAGGAGAUAUUGGACGAGCUAUUAAUGAAAUUAAAGAAAAAACUGAAUAUUUAAAUAUCAUUUCCAGAGAUUAUAAAGAUAAUAAAGACUCUGUUCCAUGGUUUCCGCGUCGUAUAAGAGAUCUCGACCGUUUUGCGAACCAGAUCCUCUCUUACGGAGCCGAACUGGAUGCCGAUCAUCCAGGAUUCACCGAUCCGGUGUACAGGGAGAGGAGGAAGUACUUCGCUGACAUUGCUUAUAAUUAUAAGCACGGCGAGAAACUCCCCCACGUUGAAUACACGAAAGAAGAAAUCGAAACUUGGGGCAAAGUUUUCAGACAAUUGACAAAAUUGUACCCUACGCACGCAUGUAAGGAGCACAACCACGUAUUCCCACUUUUGAUAGAGAAUUGCGGUUAUAGAGAGGACAAUAUACCGCAACUGGAAGAUAUAUCCAACUUUUUAAAAGAUUGUACGGGAUUUACUUUGAGACCAGUUGCUGGUUUAUUAUCAUCGAGGGAUUUUCUUGCUGGACUUGCUUUUAGGGUGUUCCAUUCGACCCAAUACAUUAGGCAUCCGAGCAAACCGUUUUACACUCCAGAACCGGAUGUUUGUCACGAGCUAUUGGGACAUGUGCCUUUGUUUGCCGAUCCGGAGUUCGCUCAAUUUUCGCAGGAAAUCGGACUGGCCUCCCUUGGGGCCCCAGAUGACUACAUUGAAAAACUUGCAACAUGUUUUUGGUUUACUGUGGAAUAUGGUGUUUGUCGAGAAAAUGGGGAGAUAAAAGCUUACGGAGCGGGACUCUUGUCUUCAUAUGGGGAGUUGCAAUAUUGUUUGACGGACAAACCUGAAAUUAGAAUGUUUGAGCCUGCCAAAACUGCAUUGCAGAAGUAUCCGAUUACUGAAUAUCAACCUGUAUAUUUCUUGGCAGAGAGUUUUGAAGACGCCAAAGAAAAAAUGAUUAAAUAUGCGGCCACAAUUCCAAGAUCGUUUGGAGUAAGAUACAACGCUUAUACCCAAAGUAUUGAAGUGCUGGAUUCAAAACCUCAAAUCCAGAAUUUGGUGAACAAUAUUGGAAAUGAAAUAUCAAUAUUAAUAGAUUCGUUGAAAAAGUUGUAAAUUUACAUUAAUAAUAAAUAGAUUGUAAGAUUAUUUUAUAAGCUCAUAUUUGUAAAUAAAAGUAUUGUUAAAUAAAUUAAGUACAUUAUAUACGAGAAAUUAAUAACUGUAACAAGUAAAUCAAAAUUUAAUAAAAUAUACCAUUUAACAUUUAA